AUGGAGAUGUUGGAGACAAUGGAGACGGAUAACUCGAUGAGCAUAAGGGAGCUCAAUGAAAAAAUGAGCAAUGAUCCAGAUUUGAGUGCAGUCAAUUUGGAUGUUCUAACAUCAAAUGGAUUUGAACCGUUUGUCCUCGAGUUCCCAAAUGCGGAAAAGAGGAGUGUAUGGGAAGCAACAUUCAAAGAUGCAAAGAUUACACUGGCAAAACAUUUGAUUGCGGCUCCUAGUUGGAGUCUCAAGACUAUUAUUGCACAUCAAACGAGACCAGGAUUACAGCUAUGCACUGCUACAGUAGUCCCUGGAAAACGUGUGGACAGUACUCCGUUCCUCUGGGUUUGUGCGAGUGAUAAAUUCAGUGGACAAGUCGCUGUGAUGGCGUUGGAUUCUGGAGAUAUCACUAUUGAAACUUGUUCAGCUAUUGGGAAUGCAGCAGUUACUGCAAUGUGUACAGUACCUCCGCCAACAAGACCGAGAAAACGAAAAAUCAAGUCUCAAAAGUCGCUCGAACAAAUGCAAAAAGAAUCAAUAAUGGAUAUAAAUAGUAGUGGAUCAGAUACAGAAUCAUCAUCAGACGAGGGAACAUCAACUGCUGGACAAACAACUGUAUGGAUUGGAAAUGACGAUGGAGAAGUGUUUGUAGUAAAUUCCACUGAAAGAAUACGGUCAAGAACACGAGAUAGAUUAGCUAGAUUACGGAAUAGUGUUACUUCAAUGUGUGCAGCAAACGGCAAUGUUUUAGUAGCAACUUCAUAUUCAAAUCAAGUGCAAUUACUUCUGUUUCGACCCGCUUCGGAUGGUGGAUGGGAUUUAGAAAAUCCUCAGACUGUUGGACACGUCUGUCAAGCACCGAUUACUAAUAUGCAACAAAUCGGAAAACGUGUUAUCAUCGCUAGUGGAAAUUCAUUACAUGCAUUUUUCAUGGACACUGGAAAAUUUCAGCCUCCUGUUGAAAUUCUUCCAUCUUCUGAUGUAAUAACACUCAUGAACGUCACCGGUCAACAUGUAUUUUUGAGCGGGAGAAAAUCAACUGAAAUCUACGUCGUCGAUGUUUUCGAACUAUCAGUUCUCAAUCAUUUUAACGUAACUUCAUUCGUUCGUUCUCAAUUAUCAGGCAGAGAACAUAUUCUUCGAGAGCAUAAGAUGGGAUGUCUUCGGGUGUCUUGUCUAACAGUUGCGAGGCAUCAUCUAUGGAUUGGUACCUCUGCUGGUUUCGUGUUAUCGACUUCUAUUCAAGCAGCAAAAUCGAAUCCAACCCCUGAUCUUCGAGUGUGUGAAAUCGGUCACAGUGGACCCUGCCGAAUUCUUCUACCAGUACAAACUCCAACACAUUCCAAUAAUCCGUCACGGAAACAAAAACGAAGUUCUCUGAAUGUUCCAACGCAACAAUCCUCACAGUUAAUGCUGGUAAGCUGUGGAGAAGGUUUAGACGAUGGAACUGCAACACAAGAUCCAUCGACAGAUGCAAUCAAUCAUUUGAUAUUUUGGAAAUUUUCAUGA